AUGAAUAGACCCAAUAGUCAAACUAAUGAGUACUUUAAUUUAAUUGAAAAAUGCAUAUGUACAAUGUGUCUUUCUAUCUUUAGAAAUUCCAAAGGAUGAUAGACUCUAUCUUAGAUAAUGUGCAUAUUAAAACAAUCCAGACAUUAUAUCAAUCAUAUUUUAAUAUAAAAAGAAUAAUGGUAUAAAUUUCUAAUCUAUAGAGAUUAAAGAAGAUUGUAUAUGAAUUUACGCAAAUUUUUAUAACAAAAUAAAUAGAAUCGUAUUCUCUAAAAGAAAUAAUAGUAAUAAUCUAAAGAAAAUUUGAGAAAUACAUCUCCUUAAGCAAAAAGCAAAUAAUAGUCUAGAUAAAAUAGUAUCAGAAAUAACAAUCCAAGAUCAUUGAGCAAAUAAUUAUAAUGUAUUCAUCCAUCUGAUAAAUAAUAACAUUUGAUAAUGUAUAUUAAAAUUAAGAAAUUAGGACUACUCCACAUAAAUAAUAAUAAGAUAGAUUAUCUUAAAAUUAAAAAUUCCACACUAAUAGUGGAGGAGGAUUCUUUCAAGAAGUUUAAAAGUUUGAUGAAACCAUAAAGAAAUCAUAAAAUUAAAAAAAGUGGACUGAAGAAGAAAUUGUAAGGAAAUAUGCUGAUCUGUUCACUGCACCUGAUUUUCUUAAAAAACAUAGAGCAAUAUCUUAAGACACAGAUCCAGAUAGUAAAGAUUUUAAUUUUGCAAUUACUUGUCAGAGUUUCAUUUGUUAACCUAAAUAUUAUGCUAUGUAAAAAUUUAGUGCAGAAUAAAUAUUUGGAUUUAUUUUUACUGAAGCUUCGUUAGAUAAAAUAAGCAAGACUUUCUUUUAAUAUAAAAUGGUAGCAUUUUACAAUGAAAUCGAUGCUGAAAUACCAGAUCUACAAGAAAUGUUUAUUUUUAUAGAUAAAAAAAAUGAUGGUUUUAUUGAUGUUAAUGAAAUGGGAUAAUUUUUAGAUUUUGUCUGUUAAAAAGAGAAUAGAACAAAUUUCAUGAAAUUAGAUUCAAAUAAUUAAGGAUAUUUUACAGAACACUAAAUGCUUUAAUAAACAAGAGAUAGAUAAUUAACAAGAAAGUAAAUAAUUUAAGAUUAUCCAAAUAGCUAUUUUUAAGAAUAUGAUAUUGAAUAGACAGGAAAGAUUACUUAUUGGGAAUAUUAAUUAAGGUAUUUAUUUUUAAUUUAAAAGAAAAACUACGUAACUUGGAUAAAAUUUAAAUAAAUUAUUAAAAUGA